UUUGUUUAACAUGUUGUCAUCUGGAGUUACCGUUAUGAGCGGUUGAGUUUCAGUUUGCUUCACACCACACAGGGCAUACGCUCUGCAGCCUUGGCUUUAGAAGUGAUUUCUAGAUAUAGCCAGUCAACUUGAUUCUUACAGAAUGCAGAGUGACACAGAGUGACAGUAUCGGUCUACGCACAGCAGCUGGCUACGAACAGAACUUUGUGCAUGCUGGAUUUUGUGGCCUGAAUUUGCUUCCAGCUCUGAAGACACCAGGAGCGUAGGACACAAGAACAACAUCGAGAAUGCCAGGGCCUAACCAGGCCUUUGUGACCCUGGCUACUAGUGAUGCCUACUGCAUGGGGAGUCUAGUAGUGGGCAAGUGCUUACGAAGGCAUGGAACAACUCGAAAACUGGUGGUGAUGGUUUCUCCCAACAUUAGCAGAGAGGAACGUCUGUCUUUAGAAGACGUGUUUGAUGAGGUUAUAGUGGUGGAUAUGUUGGACAGCAGGGACAGGGCUCACCUCUUCUGGCUGGGGCGUCCAGACCUGGGUGUCACGUUCACCAAGCUUCACUGUUGGACGCUUACACAGUAUACCAAGUGUGUGUUCCUGGACGCUGAUACACUUGUGCUGUGUAAUGUCGACGAGCUGUUUGAGCGAGAAGAGCUCUCUGCAGCUCCAGAUCCGGGCUGGCCCGACUGCUUCAACUCUGGCGUGUUUGUAUUCAGACCGUCACUGGAGACCCACUCAUGCCUGCUGGAGCACGCCAAGAUGUGUGGCAGCUUUGAUGGAGGUGAUCAGGGACUUUUAAAUGCCUUUUUCAGCGACUGGGCAAUAAAGGACAUCCAUAAGCAUCUACCGUUCAUUUACAACCUCAGUGCCAAUGCAAUCUACACCUAUUUACCAGCUUUCCACAAGUAUGGCCAUCAAGCUAAGAUCGUCCACUUCCUGGGAAGGAACAAGCCCUGGCAUGUUCCAUACCAGGAACAUCCAUCCACUGAGGUUCCUCAAUGGGAUUCCAACGGGACCUUGGAGAAAUAUGUCAAUCUGUGGUGGGCGGAGUACUACGGUCACACAAAAACACAUCUAGAUGAGUUGACUCAUGAGCUCCAGGAUGAUGAACCAAUUGAGCAGCUAGGCAUGUUAGUGGCUGCACCCUGUUCCAGCCAUGUGGACACUUCGCCACAUUGGUCACAGCCCACUACAACGUCACCGUCUGCUUCUCAUCCUCACGACCCUGAGUCAGUCUCUCAGGCCGAGGACAGAGAAGAGAAAAUACCUAGCGAAUCAGUCAAGAAGCCGACGUUGGAUGCGCCGAGCUCAAGUACAUGCUAUCAGCUGGAGGACAUGUGUUCUAAUCUUGACGUCAUAUCUGCUGUCGAGCCAGGGGAUUCGGAAAAAUCCGAGCUUCAGGAACCACAAGUUGAACAAAAACAGGAAGAAGACGUCUCAGGAGCAGAAUCUGCCCUCUCAGAAGCUGAAUCAGACGCUGGCAGAGCGGAUGCUUUACAGGAGAGCUUGGAGCAUCGGAAGCGGUGGGAAGAGGGCCAUAUUGAUUACAUGGGCAAAGAUGCCUUCGAAAACAUCCGGAUCAAGCUCGACCAAUUUCUCGAUUAACAUCUUGUUUUGUGCAUGUGAGGGAAUAAGUAACAAAUGUUCAUUUAGAUUGUAUCCAUUGUCACUUCUCUAUGUCUACCUCUAUUAUGCCUACUCUACAGCUAAUCAAAGUGGCACAGCAAAAAAGCAUUUAUGCUAUUUGUGAGUUUGAACCCCAUCACUGUCACAGACAUCCCUGGACCGGGAGUCAAGAGAGCAAAAUUGGCCGUGCUCUGUGGGUGGAAGGAAUGGCAUACGCUUCCUCUUCUGUCAAUCAAAGUGACACCAGCCAAUCAUUGGUGUCUGUGAGCUCAUGUAUGCGGAAGGUGCAGAUAUCACUUUUCACGUUAGGGUCCUUUGUUUGUGAUGCAGCAUGAGCAGCGGUUCAAAAGGAAGGAAGGAAGGAAGGAAGGAAGGAAGGAAAGAAGAAGAACAUGCUAGCCCUCACCUUCCCUGAUUGCUAGCUAGGGGAGAGUUAGCUAGUGGGUGGGAAUUGGCAGAUGAUCAAAUUAGGGAGAGGGCGGGGCCCUGUUAGUGCUAAAAGAUACAUACAAGCCGUAAAGAAGAUUAAACAACAACGAAAAAAUCUGAAACAUUUGUUUUUACUUUUUCUAAAUGUAGAGGAUUUAAUAUGAUCCCACUGCUCAUUAAAUCAGAAAUACUAAAACAAGUCAUUUUUUCUGUUCUAUUUUAAUUAAUGCAUUUAGUUCCUGUAAGAUUUAGAGGACCACAGUCUGAGUGCUUGUGAUUGAGUGGUUAAUAUCACAUGGUACCAAUUCAGUUAAUUUUCGUAGCACUUAUUAUAUGGUUUUAAUGAAAUAUUAAGUAUUAUUUAAAAAUACAAGAAUAUAAAACAUUUUUUUUGUGUGGGCGUUUGCAUUGAGUACUGCUCCUGUACACUAGGGGGUGCUCUUUCUGCAGUUUGCAAAAUGUUUAAGCCUUCCAGACAGUGUUCAGCAUUUUAGAUUGCUUAGUAGACCUAUUUAAAAUAAAAAUGUGCAGUGUGGAUGACAACAGUAGUGCUUCUGUUUACCUCUGCACGGCGCUUGUUUGCAGGUAAUUACAGUUAAAACCACAUCCUCACGCUGCUGCCUAUUUAAUAAGUUAACAACACAUUCACUUGUCUCCCUGUAGGGACCUCGGCAAACUUUAACAGAUGUUACCUACAAGCAUCCUGACUCACCUCUGACUUUCCUCCAAGACUGAGGCAUAUUUUUUCUCCAUUUGUAUGUGUCCCUUGUUUGAGACCAUAAGUAGCAUUUUGCACUAAAUACAACUAAUUAUUUUCUAUUGAUCCAGGGUGCGGCUGUCAUUCCUAAUAGAAUAAACACUUCAGUUAGACUACUAUGGCUGUGCUGAUGAGUUGGAAAGAUGCUGAGUGUAUGGGGUUGUGAGGAGUGUUUUUCCCCUGCACCUUUCUUAAUGUCGUUAUUUUGACUUAAUGACUUAAUCUCUCUCUCUCUCUCUCUCUCUCUCUCUCUCUCUCUCUCUCUCUCUCUCUCUCUCUCUCUCUCUCUCUCUUUAAAGAUAGUAUGUCGAUACUAUAGUUGGUCAGAAGGUGUUGAUUAAUUUUCAGCAGCUCAGACAGUAGUUCCGUCUAUUUUUCACAGGUUUGCAUUAAUGCACUUGUUCUGAUAUGUUACAUUUUCUAUAGCCACAGCUCAUUCACAGUGAACCAUCGACAUCAUUUAACACUAAUAAUUAGUGGAUUAAAAACUCUGUUGUUGUUUAACAAAGAAAAAUGUAUAAUUGUUGAUUUACAGAUUUCUGGAAGGAUAUUAUUAUUAUUUUUUCCUAACAUUUAUGGAAGGAGUCUCCAGUGUCAGUGUGCUUCCACAUGGAAGAGUCUUCAGACAAAUUUAUGCUUUGUGUUGUUUUUUUAUUUUUUGGUUUGUAAAAAAGCAUGACGUAUUAAUAAAUAAAACAUCCUAAUUGUUGGCACAUUA